AUGCUGGACGUUGGCGUGGAGGAGACUGACGACGACACGCAGGCGCAAACAAGCAGCUGCAGCAGCACCAGUGAAGCAUUUGCCGAAAAGAGCCAACCUAUCAAGAGAACGCACCUGAACGACGAGGAGAAAGUUGAUAUACGAGAAGCCUUUGAGCUGUUCGACAGCGACAAAGACGACCAAAUAGACUACCACGAGUUGAAGAUGGCGAUGCGAGCGCUAGGCUUCGAGGUGAAGAAGGCCGAAGUCAUGCACAUCCUGGAGGACUACGACACGUACGAUACUGGCAAAAUCGCUUUUGAGGACUUCAACCAUGUUAUGAGCGAGCUGAUCCUGGAUCGCGACCCCAAGGAGGAGAUCAUGAAGGCCUUUCGCCUUUUCGACGACGACGAGUCGGGCGCCAUCGGCCUGAGGAAGCUCAAGCGCGUGGCCAGGGAACUUGGAGUAAACAGCAGCGAUGAAGAACUGCGCAGCAUGAUCCACGCCUUCGACACAGACGGUGACGGCGAAAUCAACCAGGAGGAGUUCCUGUCCAUCAUGCACGGGGCUGACUGA